AUGCCAAAAGUCCUUCCCAAGCUGUUGGAAGAAGCAUCGCCUGAAGAGCGGGCAGAUCGAGAGUUUGUUUUGAAGGCACUUCGUCUCCGGGGCCCUGAACUGCGCCAUGUGGAUGAAAAACUCCGAUUAGACAAAGAGGUCAUCUUGGCAGCAGUCACACAGGAUUGGAUUGCCUUGGACUAUGUCCCCAAAGAGAUGCUCCAGGAUCGCGAUGUCAUCCUGGCGGGUCUACAGCAGGACUGGGAGGCCAUAACCUACGCAGCUGCAGACCUUCUUAAAGAUGAGGAGGUUGUGAUCGGUGCGCUGCAAGGGUCAGCGAUGGCCUUGCAAACGAUUCCACAGGAGAUGUGGUUCGUCCCCUCGGUGAGAGAAGCCCUGCUGGACUCCCUCCGCCGAAACGUAGAUCCGCUGAGGAACUGCCCAAAGGCAAUUCACAAAGAUCCUGCCGUCAUGCUUGAGGCGCUCAAGCUCCGGCCGAAAUUUCUGGAACUUUGUGAACCAGAAUUGCUGGCAGAUCACGGUUUCGUGCUUUCUGCUGUGAAAGGCAAUUGGGAAGUCUUGGAAUUCCUUCCAAAGCACUUUGCUUCCGAUAGAGAGGUAGUUGCAGCAGCCUUGGCACAAAGCCCGUAUGCAUUGCGCUUGGCAAGUCAGGAGCUGCGUGGAGACAGAGAUUUGGUGCUGGGCUGUGUACAAAAGGGGUCUGGUGCAUUGCGCUACGCUGCACCAGAUCUACUUGCUGAUCAAGAGAUCUUGGCAGCUGCAGUGCAACAAGAUGUGCACUGCCUGCGUCAAGCCAAAGAGAACUUGAAGGAUGACAAGGAUCUCAUUCUUCAGGCUGUGAAAUCCAACGGCAUUGCCUUGCAAUACGCCUCUCCAAGGCUGCAAGAUGACCUUGAGGUGGUUUUAGAAGCAGUUGCUCAGUCAGGCCAUGCCUUGGAGUUUGCCUCCACAACACUGCGCCAGGAACGCCGCGUGGUGCUGGCAGCCGUGCACUGCAGCGGCCGAAGCGCAGUAGCCUUUGCCUCCAAGGAGCUUCGCUCAGACGUAGAAGUGCUCCGUGCAGCGCGCGCGGGCGGAGGCUAUGAUGCGUCCAGAUGA